AUGGCGGCAGCUGCAGUGAGGCGUGCUCACAACAGCACCACGUCCUACUGCCAGCAGGAAGGGAAAGACCAGACAAAAUAUGUGACCAAAGAAGACCACGAGACUCCUGGCAGUGCAGAGCUGGUGGCUGAUGACCCCAACAACCCCCCAUAUGAGGAGCACAGGCUGAUACUGCCAAAUGGAGACAUUAACUGGAACUACCCAUGCCUGUGGGGAAUGGCCAGCGGCCCCUGUGGAGAGCAGUUCAAGUUGGCCUUUUCCUGCUUCCACUUCAGCACAGAGGGCAUCGAGGGGUCGGACUGUGUAGACCAGUUUCAGGCCAUGCAGAAAUGCAUGCAGAAGUACCCCAACCUGUAUCCCCAAGAAGAAGAAGAAGAAGAUGAGGAGGAGGAGGAGGAGGAGGAGGAGGAGGAAGAGGAGGAGGAAGAG